GUCUUCUCAUUCUACACAACUCUGCAGCUUUUUACCAGAUGCACAGCAGUUUGAUCUUCUAAGAGAGUUUCUGUGAGUCCUUCCUUGAUGAGAGCUUUACCCGCAUGACCUCUCACUAUGCCUUCCCACACCUUGAGACGUUCCUACUGUCGCCAAAUUGCCCAAGCAUAUCGGCAUGCGACAUUUCCUGCCAGUCAACCGUUCCUUCAGACGAGACGCCAUUCUAGCAAAUCUGUCCGUCAUACUACCUCCCAUAAUUUGUGGAGCCGACAAUCUGCUGUUCUCUUCGCUGCCGCCGCAACUGUUGCCUUGGUCUAUACCAAUUCCCGAACCCAUCAAGUUCAAGCAGAAGCCCCUGCCACAGAUGGCGCUGAACUUCGAAUCGAGAAACCUAGGAAGAAGAAAGAAUCUAAAGAGGAGAAUAGGGAUCUACUCAGCUCACAGCACUUGCAAGUGAAGAGAAGUUGGGAAAAUCCUGGUGUUUACAUCUGGGGCUCAAAUACUGGCAAAGUUGCGGCACCUGAUUCCAAUGAGCCUUACGUCAAAAGUCCCCAACGUCUCGCCUAUUUUGAUGACCUCGUCCUGCGAGAUCUCAAGAUCGAUCGGAAUUUUGGUGCAGCUUUGUUAGAGAAUGGCGACCUCGUUCAAUGGGGGAAAGCUUACUCAGAAGACACGACCCAGCCCUCCAUCACUUUAAAGGGCAAAAACCUCAGUUCCAUCCAGAUCUCCCGAGACCGCAUCAUUGCCCUGUCCCGGAAUGGUACCGUUUACUCCAUCCCGGUAUCCAAGUCUGAUCAAGAGACCGGCCACAAGCUCUCUGAAAGUACUUGGAUUCCCUUUUCCAGUAGCACGGCCGACAUCAGUUAUCGCAAACUCCAACCCCAAAAUUUGGGUAGAGGAGAAAAAGUCACCAACAUCAGCAGUGGCCUUGAGCACGCCUUGCUUCUGACGAAUUCUGGUCGUGUCUUCUCUGCUGCAUCGGGUACUCAAGACUUCCCGAGCAGAGGUCAACUUGGUGUACCGGGCAUUACAUGGCUAUCCCGCCCUGCGGGCGCUUACGAUAUGUGCCAUGAGCUCACCACCCUUCGGGGCUUUGACAUCGAGAAAAUCGCAACCGGAGACUACCACUCUCUUGUCCUGGAUAAGCAAGGUCGGGUGUUUUCCUGGGGAGACAAUUCUUCUGGCCAGCUCGGCUUCGACUCCAAUUCUGAGUCUGCUUUUAUCGAUGCUCCAUCUCUUCUCGCCAUCAACAAGCUCUAUCAGGGAACCUCUCAGUCUCCCAAGGUGACCAACAUCUCUGCUGGAGGAUCCAAUAGCUUCUUCUCGAUCGACGCUACCCGCGUCGCCCAUCCCGAUGAGGACCCUGCAGAAGUACAUACUCUGAACCGUGUGACAGCAGACAUAUGGGCGGCAGGCGAAGGCAUCAAAGGAUCCUUGGGCAAUGGCAGAUGGACCCAUGUCCAGGGUCGACCCACCAAGGUACCGAGCCUCAGUGGGUUAUUCGAGUAUGAUGAAACAGCCAAGGCGGUGAUACCCAUCCGCAUGGCGCAGAUUUCAGUGGGCUCCAAUCAUGCCUCGGCCGUCAUGGACAAUGUUACGUACCUCAAUGCGAGCGAGAGAGGCACCGAGAACGACACGAAUUGGGGAGCUGAUGUUCUCUGGUGGGGUGGGAAUGAAUAUUAUCAACUGGGAACCGGGAAGCGGAACAAUGUGGCGACUCCGCAGUAUAUCCGGCCGCUGGAUAUGGCCGCUGAGAUUGAGGCGGGAAGAAGGGAAGAACAUCGAUUUCAUGCCACGCCAAAACACAGGGUCAGCGUCAAAGGCCGCCAGGUCAAUAUGGAGCAGCGGGUCGAGUGUGGAAGGAAUGUGACGGCUGUCUAUUCAGGGAUCUGAGAUUGAAGCUUGGAUGGUGAUAGGGGUGUGUCUGCGCUUGUGGCUCUCGAAGAACAUUGUGUUAACAUCAAUCGCGGUGUCGAGAAGCAUUCUCGUGUUUGGAGCGUAUCCGGGAGUCAAGUCGCUGUGGUUCUGCACUAGGUCGCCGAGACUUGUUCAGCUCGACUUGACGCGCAUCCUGAAACGUUCUGAUGAAUAUUGUAUUCAUGUGUAAUCGUGAGAAAUCAAUUCCCUACUCUCUUCUGUUCCAGUCAAUGGCAAUCAUCAAUCAUGUCUACUCUAUACAGCGCUAUUACCAAGUCUCGACCGAAACCUGAGCCAAUUCACAAAACAC